AUUCGGCGCCGCCCGGCGCGUCGCCGUCGCGAGAAUUUUUCCCCUAUUUCGCCUAGGAGCGAGAGGCGCCAGCGCCAUUCCCCGGAGAGAGAAGGGCGAGCGAGGGAGAUGCGAGAGGAGGUGAGAAGCUCGUCGGGGGCGGUGGCCGAGCCGGCGGUCGCUGUAGCCCGGUCGUCGUCGCCGCAGCACACCCCGGUGGCAAGUUCUGCUGGUGCCUCAUCACCUGCUAGGCAAACUAAUGCUGCCAGCAUAGAUUGGUUGGGUGGCAAGCAAGCUUCCAGAGUUGAUUCGUCAUCGCAAGUUGCUCCACAUGCCUAUCAGCCUUCUCACAGUUUUGAUGCUGCUGGAACUGCUUUGGAUUCUGCACCAUCAUGUCGACCUUGGGAACGUGGAGACUUACUUCGUCGACUGGCAACAUUCAAGCCUUCAACUUGGGCUUCUAAGCUGAAGGCUUCUAGUCCAUUGGCUUGUGCUCAAAGAGGUUGGGUGAACAUUGACCUGGACAAAAUUGAAUGUGAGUCAUGUGGUGCGCAUCUUAUAUUCAGUGCAUUGACUUCCUGGUCCCCGGUUGAAGUUGCAAAUGCUGGAGAAGCCUUUGCCAAGCAGCUUGAUGCAGCACACCAGAGUAGUUGUCCCUGGAGAGGCAAUAGCUGUGCUGAUAGCUUGGUGCAGCUCCACCUUACACAAUCAGCUAUUAUUGGAGGCUUUAAAGAUCGUUGCGAUGGACUUUUGCAGUUUACUUCUCUUCCUGUGAUUGCUACAUUUGCAAUUGAGAACAUGAGGCUGACCAGGGGCAUGCAAAUUGACCGUCUAUUGUCCCAAUCAAUUACCUUUUUAUCUGGUGGGCUGGGUUGCAAAGCAGAGAGUACAGCAGGAGUUGAUAUCCACCAAGAUUCCUCUUGUAGCUACUCUCAAGCGCAGAAGCUUAUAAGUUUGUGUGGAUGGGAGCCUAGGUGGCUUCCAAAUGUUCAAGACUGUGAAGAAAAUUCAACCCACUCAGCUAAAAAAGCACCCUCAGUUGGACCUGAUGAACCGUUCUAUCCCCAUUUUGGUGAACAUCACAAAAAUUCAUUUUGUGCAUCAGCCAAGAAAGAUAAGGGGAAAGGCAAAGUACCCCUCAAGGAUUCUGGAUGCAGCAUGAGGUCACCUUUGUUAGAUUGUAGCCUGUGUGGAGCUACAGUCAAGAUGUGGGACUUCAGAACUGUGCUACGUCCUUCUCGUUUCAGUCCGAAUAACAUUGAUGUGCCUGAAACAGGCAGAAAGCUAACACUGACACGUGGAAUUAGCGCAGCCAGUGGGAUCAAUGAGUGGGUUACUGAUGGGGUGGAAAGAGGUCAAGCUGAAGGGCGUGACGAAGCAGCAACAAAUGGGGGGAAAUCUCUAUCAAAUGUUGGAGUAGACCUAAACCUAACAAUGGCUGGAGGAUUACCAUCACCUCAAUCUGCCAUGCCUGCCGCGUCGGAGCGGUUCAAUAAUGGAGGAAUGGGAAGGGAUCUGAUGAUUGGACAGCCUACUGGAAGUGAAGUAGGUGAUUGUGAAACCUCAUAUGAGUCCCAUGGUCCAAGUUCGAGGAAGCGUAACCUUGAGGAAGGUGGGAGCACAGCUGACAAUCCACAAGACAGGCUACAGCAUGCUGACAGCAUAGAAGGAAAUUUCAUUGAUUGUGAUGGUGAAGAAGUUGAUGAUGCUGCACACAAUUCAGAUAUCCCGAAUAAGAAGUCCCGUGGGUUUGAUCUUUUUGAUGCCUAUCAUCCAUGUUCUGUAGCUGGUCCCAGUCGAAACUUGUGCUUUGACCCUGAUGCGGAUGCUGGUCUGUUCAGUCAGUCUAGAGCCGUUGACCUGGCAGCUGUUGAGCGUCCUGCUGCUAGGGAUUCGCUAAGGGCAUCUUCUGUUAUUGCAUUGGAUACUGUUCAUGCUUCCGAGGAAGAUUCGAUGGAGAGUGUUGAGUAUUAUCCAGGUGAUGGUAAUGAUAUUGAUAUGCCGUCUUCCAGUGCACACAGGAAUGUUGAAAUGAAUGAUGCCUUGGAUCUCAACUAUAGCAACCAAGCACAACAAAGUGCUAAUGCACAGCCUGCUGCUGGAAGUGACGCAAGAGAAAUAGGAGGAAGUAGUACAAAUGAAGGGGAGGAAGUCAUUAAUGUUGAAAUAGCUACUGCUUUUGGAAGGGAUCAACUUAGCUUAGGAAUUAGUGGUGGCAGUGUUGGCAUGGGAGCUAGUCAUGAGGCUGAAAUUCAUGGAAACGCUGCUUCUCUGCAUAGAGCUGAGAGUGUUGUAGGUGACGCCGAACCUAUUGCCGAGCUUACUGAGACCAUGGGGCAGACUGGUGAAUCAGCUCCAGGACCUAGAUUAAUGGAUGAGUUUGUACCUGAAGAAGUUGAUCGAGAGGAACCUCAUGGAGACAGCCAAGAUAUGGUAUCUCGGUCUGUGGGCCAAGCCGACAGUGGAUCGAAAAUAUAUGGCUGCACCAAAGCUGAUUCUGUUGAAAGUGGAGAAAAGAUAGGUCAUGCUACCGGUCAUGAAAGCAGCAUGUGUCCUUCACUUUCAUGCAAUGCGGGGAUGUAUGCUUGUUUUGAUCCAUGUAAAGAUGGUGUGACACAGGCUGGCAAAAUACUGACUACCGAUGAUGCAUUAAUGGGGUUAGAUUAUGAUCCUGGGAAUGGGUUAGGAGCUACGAAUGGAGAAAAUGACUAUGAACUGGGUCUACUGGAAUUCGAUCCUGUUAAGCAUCACAAUAGUUUCUGUCCGUGGGUGAAUGGAACUGUUGCAGCAGCUUGCUGUAACAACACUGGUUCCAGCUCAAGUAGUUCAGCACUCUCUGGUUGGCAGUUAACAAUAGAUGCACUUGAUACUUUCCAACCUCUCGGUCAAGCGCAAAAUCAAACAAUGCAAUCUGAUUCUGCAGCUUCAUUAUAUAUGGAUGACCAAAUAACUCAUAACCACAAGCUAGGGAGAAGGCCGUCUGUGAACAGAAGCUAUGGAAAAUGCUGAUCGGAAAUAACUCGUAGCCACUAGCUAGGGAGAAGGCCGUCUGUGAGCAGAAGCUAUGGAAAAUGCUGAUCGGAACUCCUGUAGCCUGUGUGUUUCUUAGACAUGAAUAACACUCCACGAAGUUCCAGAAUGGUGUCUCUUAGACACCAUUCUUAGACAUGAAUAACAGGGGUCUUGUUUAUUCCAGUCAGGUUUGUGAAACCCAUGAUCUGACGGGAGAAACCAAAUAAUAAUCCGUUUUUAGGUAGUCUCUGUAGAUUGUUGUCACCCUGUGAGUGUGACCUAUAGUCGCUUAUGUUGUCCCAAAAUAGCAUGUAUUUGUUCUUGAAGAAUUGAUUCAACCCAGUCUUCAUUUGACGGGAACGUGCUCGAGUGAAUUAUAUAUUUUGUGACAGAUUAAACUCCA